GGGAGAGCGGGGUAAGGGACAGCCGGGCGUUGCUGCUGCCGCCGCCUCCGCCGCCGCUGUUGUUGCCACAGCCUUCGCCUCAGUCGCCUCAGUCGCCUGUGCCCUCGGAGGGGAGGGAGCCCGCGAGCGAGCCCCUCGCGGCCUCAGAUUCUCUGGUGGAGGGAAUUUUAAAAUUGUGCUAUGAAUGGUGAUACAGGCUCAACGGUGGUGACUUCACCACCUCCAACCACAGCCCCUCAUAAGGAGCGAUAUUUUGAUAGAGUAGAUGAGAACAAUCCAGAGUACUUGAGAGAGAGGAAUAUGGCACCAGACCUUCGUCAGGAUUUCAACAUGAUGGAGCAAAAGAAGAGGGUUUCCAUGAUUCUGCAAAGUCCAGCUUUUUGUGAAGAAUUGGAAUCGAUGAUCCAGGAACAGUUUAAGAAAGGGAAGAAUCCCACAGGCCUAUUGGCAUUACAACAAAUUGCAGAUUUCAUGACCACAAAUGUACCUAAUGUUUAUCCAGCAGCACCACAGGGAGGGAUGGCUGCAUUGAACAUGAGUCUUGGCAUGGUGACACCAGUGAAUGAUCUUAGGGGAUCAGAUUCAAUUGCAUAUGAUAAAGGAGAGAAAUUAUUACGAUGUAAAUUGGCAGCUUUUUACAGAUUAGCAGAUCUUUUUGGGUGGUCUCAGCUUAUUUACAACCAUAUAACGGCAAGAGUAAAUUCUGAGCAAGAACACUUUCUCAUUGUACCUUUUGGACUUCUUUAUAGUGAAGUGACAGCAUCCAGUCUGGUGAAAAUCAACCUUCAAGGAGAUGUUGUUGAUCGUGGAAGCACCAAUCUUGGAGUGAAUCAAGCUGGUUUUACGUUGCACUCUGCUAUCUAUGCUGCUCGACCUGAUAUUAAGUGUAUUGUUCAUAUACAUACACCAGCAGGGGCAGCAGUUUCUGCAAUGAAAUGUGGUCUCUUGCCAAUCUCACCAGAAGCACUUUCUCUUGGAGAAGUGGCUUAUCAUGACUAUCAUGGAAUUUUGGUGGAUGAUGAAGAAAAAGUAUUGAUUCAGAAAAAUUUAGGACCUAAAAGCAAGGUUCUUAUUCUCAGGAAUCAUGGCCUAGUAUCAGUUGGAGAAACUGUUGAAGAAGCUUUCUACUAUAUACAUAAUCUUGUGGUAGCUUGUGAGAUCCAGGUUCGUACGCUGGCCAGUGCAGGAGGACCUGAUAACUUAGUCCUGUUAGAUCCUGGAAAAUACAAAGCUAAAUCUCGUUCCCCUGAGUCUCCAGUAGGAGAGGGAACUGGGUCACAUCCUAAAUGGCAGAUUGGAGAACAGGAAUUUGAAGCCCUCAUGAGAAUGCUUGAUAAUUUGGGUUAUAGAACUGGCUACCCAUAUCGAUGCCCUGCUUUGAGAGAGAAAUCCAAAAAAUACAGUGAUGUUGAAGUUCCUGCUAGUGUCACAGGUUACUCCUUUGCUAGUGAUGGUGACUCAGGCACUUGCUCCCCUCUCAGACACAGUUUUCAGAAACAACAGCGAGAGAAGACAAGAUGGCUGAAUUCUGGCAGAGGUGAUGAUGCUUCUGAAGAAGGGCAGAAUGGAAGCAGUCCCAAGUCGAAGACUAAGUGGACUAAAGAGGAUGGACCUAGAACUUCCACCUCUGCUGUCCCUAACCUGUUUGUUCCAUUGAACACUAACCCUAAAGAGGUCCAGGAAAUGAGGAACAAGAUCCGAGAGCAAAAUUUACAGGAUAUCAAAACUGCUGGCCCUCAAUCACAGGUUCUUUGUGGUGUAGUAAUGGACAGGAGUCUUGUACAGGAUGCUCCCCUCUCUGACUGUACGGAAACUAUUGAAGGGCUCGAUCUCACAGAGCAGGCCUUUAGUCCCGCUAAAUCUCUCUCUGUUAGAAAGGGGGAACUGGUGACUGCUUCAAAGGCUAUUAUUGAAAAGGAGUACCAACCACGAGUCAUAGUGAGCACAGCAGGACCGAACCCCUUCAACAAGCUCACCGACCGAGAGCUGGAAGAGUAUCGCAGAGAAGUGGAACGGAAACAGAAGGGCCCAGAAGUUGUGCAGCAGAUAACCCCCUGCCUUCACCUGAAAGAGUCUGAGGAACUGCGGUCCUCCCACAAGGAAUUUCACAUUGCAGUCAUCAAAGCAUUAAACUCCAACCCCGAUCUUUUUACUGAAAGCUCAGAAAAUGUGGAAGUGACACAACAACAAAAAGAAGGGAGCCCUCUGGACCAUGCUGAUGCCCACACUCCACCCAGCACACCAGUGAAACUUGAGGAAGACACACAGCAGGACCAGACUUACAGAGAUGACAGUGAUGCUGCAACCUUCAAGCAAACCCUUCCAGACCUCUCCCCUGAUGAGCCUUCAGAAGCACUUAGCUUCCCACCACUUGAGAAAGAGGAGGAGGAAAGUAGACGUGAUGAAGUUCACAUCCAAAGCCAGACUGAAUUACCUGCUACAGAAAAUCCAGAAACCCCAUCUCCCCCUGCUGAAGAGGCCACCACACCAACUGCUGAGGAGGGAAUGGCCGCAGACCCCGGGAGUGAUGAAUCCCCUGGGAAGUCCCCCUCCAAAAAGAAAAAGAAGUUCCGUACUCCUUCCUUUCUGAAGAAGAGCAAAAAGAAAAGUGACUCCUAAUGGCCCCGCGCGCCGCAGAAACACUGUCAUGUUUUAAAAUCCCCAAUACUUCAUUAACCACUAGGACGUAUGUGAUUGUACUGAGUGUUUUGUCUUAUGUUGUAAUGGAAUGCAGAAACGAAACCAGCUAGCCACCCUAGGCAAAGCUCCCAGGGUAUAGUUUUUAACAGCAAAUUAACUAACUUGCAGAAAGGUGCUAACCCUAAGUUCUUAGCAGCUAACUUCAGAUCUGUUCCCAACUGGUACACAACUUUAAAGUCUUUAUGUAGAAGACUUGGAACCACUGUGUUAAGAGGAAAAGCUCUCCCCCAAGAAUUUUUAGCAAUGUAGGCCACAGUCACAAACUGUGCUAACCCUCAGAAGUUGUGCUCUCUAAUACUGUGCUCCUAAGUCACAGCAGGUGUGUUUAAGAAUCUUUACUGUUGUGUUUUCAGAAAGAAUAUACUCCUGAACAGAAUGAGAUUUUGUGCUUCUGCAAACUAGCUGUGGUUAUAGAUCGUGCUCUACACAAGGCUUUGGCAACCUCCCUCCCAUCUUGCAUCCCCUCCUACAGAAGUUUUAAAUAAAGUAAGCUUGCCUCUUUCACCGCUAGGCUUCUGCUUAACCCUUUGUUGUCUCACAUGACUGAGCUGAAGGUGUUUGCUGCUGCACAGUAUAUUCAGAGAACCUCGACUUGGCUAAUUAAAAAUAGUAAUUGAUCCCACAAAACCUAGCUUAAGCAGCCCUCUAAAAGGAUAGGCAAAAAGGUUAGUCUUUGAAUUAGAUGUUCUGGAAACCACAGCUACCUUAGAGUGUUCACGUUAGAGAUGGACAACUCACACCUCCAUCAGUCUGUCCAUCACCAAGCAUUUAUUAAGUAUCUGUUACAUACCAAGCACUGUUACCAAGUGCUGUAGAUACAAAACCAAAAUUGAAACCGUCUCUGCUGGAGAAGACAUACCUAGAGAUUACACUUAAGAGUUGGUUUGACAUACUAUACAGAAGACGUUUGAUGAGUGGCAGGUGUAAACCUGUAUCCAUCCUGUGUGGCUCACUAAUGUGAUUAUGUUUUCUCCUUCAGCCCCAAACAUGAAUUUGGUAAUACCUGGCAUCUUAUCCAUUAGGGUGCCCAAAAUCUUAUGGGGGGAAGCAUUGGGGGGAGGAGGAGAGUAUUUGCUGGAAUUUCCUGUGAAUUUGCAGUUCAAACCUCCUUUCCAAUUCUGAACAUUCCUUUUUUAAUAGACCAACUUUUUUCAGUUUUAUUCUGUCAGAAAUACUCUUUUCUUACAUUAGACUGUAGAGAGUGCAAGGUUAACUAUUUGAGUUAGUUUUUGUGAAAUUUUAGGGUAUUUUCAGAUUUGUUCCUGUCUUCACAUAGCAAAUUACAACUUUAAAAAUUUCAGGGUUAUGAAAACAGUUAAACUAAUUAUAAUGAUCGUAAUUUGACAUCUUGCAUCCAGAGCUCACUUUUGAAUGUUCUGCUCAAGAGCUCAAAAAACAGUUUUUCCCUAUGUAGUUACCUACAUAAGAUGGUCCACAUAACUCAUUCCCCUUGCAGAAUGACAUAAUUAUAUUGCUUGAUAACUAGAAAUAAAUUGUCUUGUCCCAAGCCUGCUUCACAGUUUCAAAAAUGGAAAUUAUCAAAUGCUUUACCAUUGAUGCAGUAUAAAAAUCCCCAAACCAUAGAACUGAUUCAGUCAUGCAAUAUGGCCACCUCAUCAGUGUAAAGCAGUAUUUGGCCUCACAUACAACUAUGGCAGUUCAGAGAGGGACAAGAGAGCUGAUGUUAGCAUUGUGGAAUUGCAAGGAAAAGUAGGGUUAGCAGUGGAAAGAAUACCAGGUAAAUAUUGGAUAGCUGUUGUUUGAAAUGGGUAGGUGUAGGGUGGGGCUAGACGUCACAGCAAAUCACUGCAUAAGAGAGACACCUAAACAGUAACGUUUAGAGCAGACUGCAUGGCACUAAUGGCUUUGAGCUUGUAUCCUAACCUUGUAUGUCUUACGUACACUAGAAAGCUGACUUACCUUCUUUUGCUGAAUUGUGUUUUAUUGCCAAUCGUAAUUACAGUUCACCAUCACUCUGUUUUAAUUAAUAAUGGAUCUUUCCAUUUCUCUCUUUCCACAUAUGCAAUGACUUAAUUUCCAAUUUUGUAGUUUAUUCUUUUAAUUCUUUGUAUUACAGUAUGAGAUGUAGUUGCAUAUGUGGCUAUAAACUUCGGAAGAUAGGUCCUGUGUUUUUCUUUCUUCAUUGUAACAUUGUUUUACUCAUUAAUAAAUUCCUCUUUAAACAGUC